GAAGGAUAAGUAGAAAUGUUGAUGAUUAAAACUUUUAUUCUGUCGACAUCAAUAUGUGUGGCAUUUGGCAUUGACCUCUUCGGAUCAUCAAAGAAAUCUGACUCAUUGACAGUGAAAUGUCGUGAAAAGCGAAUUAACAGCUACGAUGGAUGUGAUUUGAGGAAGCUCAGAAUUUCAUCACGUAAUGAAAGCAUCGAAAUUGAAGACACUCUGAAAGAGAUAAAAGCAUUACGGAUAGAAAAUGGAAUUGUUCAUUAUCUGCCAGAGAACAUAAUGAAAUCAUUUCCAAACUCUUUGAUACUUCACGUCUUGAAUUCUGAAUUGAAGUCGAUUAACCAAAAUGAUUUGAAAGGAAUGACUAAUUUAGAAGAUGUCAAUCUGCAUAGGAAUAAAAUUAAAAGUUUGGACGUGGAUACCUUUAAGGAUUUGAAGGAAUUAAAAUCUCUCGAUAUGUCGAACAACGAGAUCGAACUAAUUCUCUCAAAACUAUUUCAAAGUAACACAAACUUAGAAACUUUAUCAUUAAACUUCAAUAAUAUUGAAAAGCUUCAUGAGGAGACUUUUAUGAUGUUACUGAAGCUUCAACGUCUUUACAUUUCUAACAAUAAAAUAGUUGAGCUUAGAGAUGGAACAUUCUCUGAGAACAAAGCUCUGAUUUCGUUGGAUUUAAGUCACAAUCAUUUGAGUUAUAUUGGAAAGAAUAUUUUCGAUAAAAACCAAGAAACUUUGGAGAAAUUGAAUCUCAGUCAUAACAAAUGCAUCAAUUUGUCAAUAAUAAAAUUCAGUGGCACGAGAAAAAAAGAAUUGGAAAAAGUGAAAUCAGAGUUGAAUGAACAUUGUCGUCCGUUUCCGGUAACAAAAGUUAUUGAAGAGUAUGAAGAAAAGUUUCGAUUGUUGGAAGAGGGAAAUAAUAUCACGAAAGAAGAGUUUAAGGAAAAAAUAGGAAAUCUUACAAAGCUUUGGGAGUUCGAGAUGACUUUAACUCAAUAUGCUAAAAAUGAAUUAUCGAAAUGUCAAAGUAACCAAACCCAAUGCAUUACUCAACUGAAUGAUGCUGAAAGUCAAAACAAAAAUUAUCUUCAUCGAUUACUAAGUUGUGACACAAAGCAAAAAAUUGAUAACAGUAACAAAGUAAAUACAAAUACAAAGUUGGAAGAAAAAGUUCGUCAACUUGAGGAGGAAAAUUUGAAAUUGAGGAACAUUAAAGACGAUUUUGAGAAAUGUUCAAAUUUCGAGCUUAGUUGUGAUAAUUCUGUAAACUCGUCAGUUUGUGAGGCUCAUGGAGUUAUAACUCCAUUGAGAAAUAUGAAAAUUAUCAAUGCCAAAAGUAUUUCCGUCAAAGGGAUUCAAAUAAUUAUUAUAUCGGACUCUUUCAUGUCACAUUUACAAUCAAAUAUAUUUGAGACUCUUCCAAACUUAAAGCAUUUUGAAGCCACAAACUCAAACAUUCGUCAAAUCGAUGAAGGAACAUUUUUGAAUGCUAAAAAUCUUGAAUUUGUUUUAUUAAAAAGAAAUCACAUAAAAUUUCUCUUUCCGAAUAUUUUUAAAGGAGCUGAAAACUUACAAACAAUCAAACUUGAAUCAAAUGGAAUUGAAAUGAUGUCAGCAAAUACUUUUAAAGGUUUAACUGAAUUAAAAAAUCUUCAUUUGCGUAAUAAUUUUAUAAAAGAAAUUCCCAAAGAUAUUUUUAAUGACUUGAAAAGUUUAGAAAUUCUUGACCUGGCUGAGAAUUUACUUCGACAUAUCGAUGGAAAGGCGUUGCAAUUCAACAUUAAUCUGGAGAAAAUCGGAAUCGCUUCAAAUCCAUUAAUGUCAAUCGGUGAAGAAUUGCUGGACAAAUGCGUCAAUCUGAAAGUCAUUUAUUUUGGAAAAACGUCAUGCAUUCCCGAAGCUAUCAAAGCAAAUUCAAAAGAAGAAUUUAAAUUAAUUAUACAGGAGAAAAAGUGCAGCGUUUAA